GAGAUUUACGAAGAAAAAAGCCCUAGUAUAAAACCCUAACUUUCCCCCUAACAAGCUUUCUUGGUUUGGUUCUGUUCGAAGGCCCAGCUGGAAGGAAUGACUCCCUCAACGGAACCGCUAGUCCCGGAGAGCAUGAGAAAUUAGGCGUUCAAGAUCAAGAAAAAGAACAAGAACAAAUUAGCUAAAUUAGAAGACCAAAGCGAAGAGAAUGUGAAGCAGAAGAACCGAGAAACCGAAGAAAUUGAGCUCGAAGAGAGCUAGAAAGACAAGAAAAAGCCCAAGAAGGAGAAGGAAAACAACGGAGAACGUGAAUUCUGGGAACGGAAUCACGAGGAAAGCGCGAAAAUCAGACAAAAAAGAAAGAAAAUGGAGAGUUUAACAAAAAUUGAAAGGAAAGAAAAACAACAAGAUUCAGUGUGGGAAGGAGAAGGCGGUAGUGAGUAGACAAAAAGCUGAAUAAGCGAAAUAUGCGCCGUUGAAAUCAUUUGCUAACUCUAAGUUACCAGAAAAUGUUUUGGAUUGCUGCAAGGAUUGUAAUAGCCCAUCUCCUGUUCAGGCGUGACGGUCGUGAUUUUGUUGGAACUGCAAAAACUGGGUCAGGCAAGACAUUGGCAUUUGGGGUACGGCAAUGAUGUAUUGAGCAAGCCAAAUAGUAAAUCCUCAAAGCGGAAGAAACCGCUUUGCCUUUUACUUUCCCCUGCCUGAACAAAUAUUUAACAUCUGGAAAAUCAUGUGAUGUCAAAUCUGUCUGUUUGUAUGGAGGAACCGCUAAAGGACCUCAGGUUUCUUCUUUGAAGUCUAGUGUUGUCCUAGAUGAAUCUGAUCAAAUGCUUGACGUGGGAUUUGAAGAGGAUGUUCGCGUUAUAUUGGGAAAGACAUGUUCUGUUCAUCGAUUAGCUGAGGAGUACAUGGACCCUAAUCCUAUUAAGGUUGUCAUAGGCUCAGAAGAUUUAGCUGCCAACCAUGAUGUUAUGCAGAUAGUUGAGAGGUUUGCUUUUCAAUCAGGAUUAGAGUAUUGGUAUCUGUCUUAUACCAGGCAGAAGCUGAUCGUAUUGAAAAUAUGCUUCAGAGAAGAAAAAAAGGAAAAACACAGCUGGGUUUCACGUCAAGUUUACCCGGUGUUACUUCUAUGUUAUGUUGGUUUUGACUGUAGGCAUUUGUAAAGCUUGAUUGGUAAGAUUUGAUUUCUUUCUUUGGGCACUUAUACUAACUUGAUUAAUUUAAAUAAAGAACAUUUUGAAAUUCUCCAGGUGUUUUGGUUUAGCUGUUUAACAUUUUGAUACUUUUUGAAACCUUCCGUUUCAGGUAGCCACAGAUGUUGCUGCUCGAGGAUUGGAUAUUCCAGAUGUUGAAGUAGUGAUCAAUUAUAGUUUUCCUCUCACUACAGUGGAUUAUGUACAUCAGAUAGGGAGGACUGGAAGAGC